AUGGCGGGCAAGGCUCUUGCCAGCGGGCUUUGUGACGCUGCCGCUACUGUCUCACCUUAUGAGGAUGUCAGGGGAUACUUGCAACAGACAGUGCUUCCUGCCCUUGGUCCAGCCAUAGAAGAGCUCCUGCAUCAGGUCCACUCAUCUGGUGAACUGCAGCGAGUGCUGCGCAAGGAGACAGAGGCUGAGAGGAAGAUCAUCCGCAAGCCAUCCGAGACACACGUGGAGGACCCGCCUGAAAAGAAGCACAGUUCAUCAGGAAGCAGGAAGCCAUCGCUCACAGCUGGUGAAGGCAGCCAGAUUCUGCGCCGAUUCAGCAACGCGUCUGAGAUGGCAGAGAAGGUCCCGCCACCGCCUCCGGAAGCUACAGAGGAAGAUCGAUUCGAUCCUUUGGUAUGGCUGUCCGACUGCCUGAAGCAAUCGGCUACCGGAGAUGCAAGCUUCAGGGACCAGAUCCGUGAGCGAGUUAUCCAACAAAUCAAGGCUGCAGAAGCAGCAGAGGAAGCCGAGCGCGCUCGGGCUGAAGCCGAAGCAGCAGCUGCUCGGGUCGAUGAUGGGGAGAUUACCACGAUCGCGGAGGGUGCUUCGGAGAGCGGGAAUUGA